AUGAUCGAGAAAGAUGAGAUGGCAGUGCCUCCAACAUUGCCACCAAAACUAAAGGAUCCAGGUAAGUUCACCAUCGCUUGUACCAUUGGUGAAGUAAAGAUCCCACAUGCUUUAUGUGAUUUAGGAUUAAGUAUUAAUGCAAUGCCACUGAACAAGGUUAAGGAAUUCAACUUGGGAGAGAUCAUACCGGGUAGUAUGAAUCUCACUUUGGUUGAUUUAUCUGUUACUCAUCUGCUUUGUAUCUUACAAGACGUGUUAGUGUAUGUCGAUGGUUUAGUCUUUCCUGCAGAUUUUGUGGUAAUUGACAUGAAAGGAGAUUCAAGAGGGUCAGUUAUUCUCGAAUGCCGAUUCUUGGCAACCGGGAAAGCUUUAAUAGAUAUGGAAACAUGUGAACUUAUCUUGAAGUUCAACAAGGAAAAAGUGGUGUUUAAUGUGUAUGAGUGGACACCGUAUAUGGAUGACCUAGAGACAUACUACCAAAUGGAAGAAAAAGGUAGCAAGGAUAACAAAGGGAAGAAAGAAAGUGAAUUGAUCGGUGUGAGAGUAUCCCUUGAGCCUGACAUGCCUUAG